AACGGUGUGCGAUCGGCUGCGUUUAGUUUCAUUGUCAAAACCGCAAUGUCUAAUUGUAGCCAAACAUGGUUAUGGAAGAACGUGAUCAUACUGGUUGCCUUUGCGUGUGUGAUCACGGGCAAAAUUAUGAUCACAAAGGUUGACUACGUGUCGAACCCGGACUAUCUGACGAUGAAGGUACAGGUUAACAACGAAACCGAAGGCAGCACGGUCGAUGUGGAUGGGACUUUGUUUCUGGACGUGGCGCAGGGUGUGUUCGUUAACAUAGAGCUCGACUCCAAGAUGGAUGGUGAGUAUAUGACGAUGAUCGGUACGAGCAAGGAGCUAUGCAACACGGAGGAAGCCAGUAUGGAUCCGGUGGUACCACUGUUGAACGAGGAGCUGGAAAAAUUCGGUAACCUAACCUUCAACUGUCCAUUCGACAAGGGUUACUAUAGCAUACAAAAGUUCCGCCUGGCCAAUGAUCAUAUGUUGGUGAAAAUGGUACCAAUCGGGGAGUACAUAGUGAAGAUGGUCCUUCAACAUCAGCAACCGAACGCCACCGAUAAGGUGGUGGUAUUUAAUCUGUCAUUCUUUUUCGUAAUUUCCUAA